AUGCCGAAUCGGGAGAACACUCACGAUCUCACUGCGCUUUUGGGGAAACCCCUGAUAAAGAUAAUGGAACCUUCCCUCCUGAAAAUGGACUCGGAAGACUGGCUCACCUCGCCAGACAUUCAUGAGCAUGACCUUGACCUUUCACCUCUGGCCUUCUAUGACGCGUCAAUUUUCCUUAUAGCCAACCCAAAUAUUCCAUCGAGCCAUCUGUUUGGUGCAGAUAUUUUACACGACAGUCUAGGGCUUCUGGGAUCUUCACAGGAGAGCGAAAAUCCGCUUGGAGGAACCACCAACAAUGAAGCUGCAACAUCGACUCAAAUCACCGCUAGGCCUGCAAUCAAGGUCGAGGGAUUUGAGUUGACCAGGACUGUGGUUAGGAGAAUGAUACCUCGAAAUCAAAGCCUGGAUAAAGCUUUAGAGCAGACCUGCCAUUUGUAUGCAUCACGAGGUGCUCUUCCGGGAAUGCCAGAUACUGUCAAUGAAUCAGGCCAGCAGAGUGAUACCAAUCGUCUACUUAUCAUGUACACUCCGCAUGUCUUGACACAAGGGGAAAUGCCCUUCUAUCAUCCACUCGUCAAAGGCCUCGCAUAUUUGUACGAUUUUGAGCCGUCUCCUGCAGGGACAGGCUCAGGCACAAUGUCGAUCCACUUCUUACCAUUUACAACGGACAUACCUGACCAGCUGGAACACACACUACGCAUUCUACUCAACGUUAAUAUCCGACUUGCACAACAUUCAACGAAAAAUACACCUGAUGACGAAACCAAAGAGACCGACUUAUCCAAGGAUAACGUGGUUCCACGUCAUCUGGUCUCCGACACAUAUACCCGCCUCAAGAGGCUUUACGCCAAAGACCUGUGUGACCGAUGGGUUGAUACGCCGGAGCCUAGUAAACACGUAUUCGAAGACUUGGCCGUCGCUGCUUUUCUCAUCGAGCUUUGGUGGCUGAUGUACGGCAUAACUCCACCCAAGGAGGGUACAAGUACCCAGAAGCAGAGAAAAAUGGACGACUUUCCAGGCUUUGUCGAUGUGGCAUGUGGAAACGGAAUUCUUGUCUAUGUGCUUCUCAUGGAAGGUUACCCAGGCUGCGGCUUCGAUGCCCGCAGACGCAAAACAUGGAGCAUCUUCCCAGCAUCGGUGCAAGAGCGACUGUCAGAAAAUAUCUACAUUCCUAAGCCCUUCGCCGACGUACUCGGUCCAGUGGAUAUUGGCGUGAACACCCACACCGGGGAUUUCCCGCAAGGAACUUUCAUUAUCUCCAACCACGCGGAUGAAAUGACAGUCUGGACUCCGCUUAUUGCUGCUCUCGCCUGUCCGGAAUCUCCGCUACCAUUUCUCUCCAUUCCAUGCUGCUCUCAUUCUCUCUCCGGAUCCCGGUAUCGGUACCCUCCGCCAAAGAAGGACACAAAGGACCACCAGGUACAGGGGGGAGAGCAUGUUGAGCAGACUCCGCAGCCUGCGUCGGGAGACUUGAGAGCCUUACGAGCAACCAAGGAGAAAGAGAAAACCGGGGACGGAAUACUGAAUUCCAUUUACGGUUCUCUGACCGCAAAGACAAUGAGCAUCGCCGAGGAAAUUGGUUACGAGGUCGAAAAGGCUCAGCUUCGCAUCCCAAGCACACGGAAUCUCGGCGUAAUAGGAGCUCGGGAAUUGUUCACCCAGGAGUGGAGAAAGAAGUCAGCACACAACAACCUUCUAGACUACUCAAGUGGAAAGAACACCGAGCUAGUCCAAAACAUCAACAAGAUCGUCGAGCGGGAGUGUGCCAUGGAAGGUGGGGUUCAAGCAUCCGCACUGAUGUGGAUCGAGCGCGCCCAGGGCUUGCACAAAGGCCAGGGAAAGGGGAACCCGGCGCACGGUUGA